GGAACAGAAGAGACCUCUUGUAAAGGUGAACGACAUGUUGGAUCCGCUCCCCGAGGAUCAGGCUCUCAAACCCAUCGAGGAGAUCGUUCGUGGGUAUUGCGAGAAAUAUCCGAACGUGAUCAUCCAGGAUUACUUUGAGGACGGAUACCUAUCACCACGUCACCAGAAUCCGGGCCCUGGAGUCGGUGAGACUCAGAGCUGGGUGCAGUACCUCCACGACCCGGUCAAUUAAAGGCGAGUGGUUGUAUUGCCGUGGUUAUUUCUCUGCGUGCUCUAUUUUGUACAGUAGUCCGCCAUUGACAGUGGCUUUCAUUUGUUUGUACCCGGUGUUAUUGGACCAGUCUACCCAGAUGUGUUGAUUGUUGGCAAGUCUGAACAUGGAAAGCCAGAAGUUUUCGAGCAGCAUUAAAUGUAACCAAGAAUGAACUGAUUUCAUCUUGGCUGUAGUUGAUUCCCCGCAGUCUCCAACUCUGACUCACCAGAUGAAAUUUAUCGACCCCAAGCUCAACACUUCUUCAACACUACUGGAAGUUUCAACCAUGCAAUCCCAUCUAGCCAGUACCGAGACAAUCCAUUUCGAAAUGGUCGCAAACACCAGCGCCACCGAGCUGCGCGCCCGACACCCAGAAACACAAACACAACCAGAACCAGAAUCCACAGCAGCAACACCAUACGAAACCAGCACAGAACCAAAAUGGGACACAAAAGAAGGCUGGCCCGUCGUAGCCGCCGGCUCGGCAAUAUUCUUCGUCUUCCUAGGCCUCAUCUAUUCCUACGGGAUCGUGCAGCUGCACCUAGCAGAGUCUCAUCUCGCAAGCGUAUCAACACUGUCUUUCAUCGGAUCCGUCGGCGCCGCGAUCUCUCCAUUAACUGGGACGCUUGUUGCUCGUGUUAUCAGGGCAGUCGGGUACAGAUAUACUGCUUUUCUUGGUGGGAUAUUUCUCGGCUUGGGCGAGUUCACGGCGGGGUGGGCGACUAAGUCUGUCCCUGCGAUGUUUGUCACGCAAGGGUUUUUAUUUGGUGUUGGGUCUGCUUUGCUUUUCCUGCCCGCAGCAACGGCCCCAUCGCUAUGGUUCAAGAAACGGCGCGGACUCGCAACGGGUGUCGUCUACGGCGGUGCAGGAAUCGGCUCUGCUAUUAUUGCACUUACGCUGGAGAAACUCAUUAGCGCGACAGGUCUCGAAACGGCAUUGAAGAUUCUCGGCGGAGCGUCGUGGGCUAUCUGUCUCCCGGCGGCAUAUUUCCUCAAGGCGCCGGCGGGAAGGGAACGCGCGGUUGCGACUAUGAAGUGGUCCCUGUUCCGCAGCCUCAAGUUCCUCAUCAUGCUGGCCAUGGGUACAAUCGCUACAUUUCCGCUGUUUGUACCUCCAUUUUUGCUGCCACUGUACAUAACCUCCGUCGGCCUCUCCAGCCAAACAGCCGCAUUCAUUCUUGCAGCCUGGAAUCUUGCCUCCGCUCUGGGUCGUAUUGGAAUGGGAUUCGGCGCGGACACUGUCCUCGGCCCAUUGAAUAGCAUGUUCGCCUCGUUGAUGGUAAUCGGGAUCACGGCGAUGGCGCUGUGGCCGUUUGCGAAUUCCUUGGGCCUGCUCAUCUUCUUUGCGAUCCUGAAUGGUGUUGGUUCGGGGGGUUUCUUCAGUCUCAUGCCGGUGGUUGUGGGCGCGGUGUUUGGGGAUGGCGAGUUGGCUAGUGUUAUGUCGGUUUUGACGACGAGUUGGACAUUUGGAUAUUUCUUGGGCUCGCCGAUUGCCGGAUAUCUACUCGAAGCGUAUGGUGGUGCUGAAGCAGGGCUUGUGGCUUUUCGGCCUGCGUUCUUCUAUGCUGGGUCUUUGACGCUGGCGAGUGCAGGCCUGAUUUUGGCUGUUCGGUUGAUGAUGAACAGGAAGAUAUUCACGAGGCUAUAGUCUCGCACGAAGAUUGAGCUGCGUGAGCGGAUAAAGAAGACAAUAGAAGACAGCAUCCUACGUCGUAACGGCUAAUAUGGAUAAAGAAAGAUAGUGAGUAUAUAAAAACCGAAGCCAAAUACUUGCGAAGAAAAUGUUUGUUUACUACCUUUUAAAUCUGUAUAGUGGUCACCUAAGUAUCCACCCGUAGCAGAAGGUCAGCCACAGAGGAGGAUAACAUCAAUCACUUGGGACCCUAAAUCAACUCCCUCAAUUUACC